AACAUUAUUAACUGAACAUACCUCUGCUUGAUAAAAAUAUAAACACGCUUUGAGAAGUAGCAACAAUUUUUAUUUUUUUCCUUAAAAAAUUAAAGAAAAUGUUAAAUAAAUUAAAAUUUAAUAACUUGGUAAUAUCCAAUAAAAAGGGCAUACAACAGUCCCGCAUACAAACCAUUAAUAAACUCGUGCAUAAAAUCCGUAAACUAAAGACCCUCUUGGAAAAACAUCCAGAUAAUACGAAAUGUAAGGAACGUAUAAGAAAAUCAACGGAAACUAUGGAAUUGUUAAAGAAACUGAAACGAAUGGAUAUUAUGAAAAAAGUUUUACUGCUGGAUAAGCCGGCACCAGCUGUCAUUACCAAUGGUUUAGCUACACCCGAAGAAGUGGGAGUUGCCUUGCUGUGUAUGAACAAAGUUAUGCAGGGUUUAAUCAAAAGGUUUAAAACAGAACUGCAGCUAAACGAACCUGAAAAUGAGGGAUGGAGAGAAGCUCUUAUGGAAUCCAGUAAACGACGACAAAAAAUCGAAAGAACUGAAGAGAAAAGACGUAAACGUUUGGAAAUGAAACAACAAAAAGCCAUGGGACGUAAGCGGCAAGAAUGGUUGGAAGAGAAUAAACAGGAUAGAGACGAUGAGGAACUCGAUACAAACGAUAAGGAUGUGAAUGUAUCAACAACAGGUGCUUGGCAGGUGGAGGAAUUAUCUAAUGAAAGUGUUAAAGCGGAAGUUGUGGAAAACAUUGAAAAGAAAACCAAUAAGCAAUUAAAGAGGGAAAGACCAGUAAAAGAAAAUCCUAAGAAAAUAACCCCUGCCAAUAAAAAACAAAAGUUAAAUGUAAAAGUUAUGGAACAAAUCACAAAAUCAGACGAGGAAGAGGAGGUAGAUGCUGAAGAAGAAAGCGAGAGUGAAACAGAAAUUAAAACAAUUAAGAAAAAUAAAGAAAUGCCUAAGAAAGUGACCCCAGCAAAUAAAAAACAAAAGUUUAAUGUAAAAGUUAUUGAAGAUGUUGAGGGUUCUGGUGAUGAAAGUGAUGAUGAACCAGAAAUUAAAACAAUGAAGGAAAAUAAACAUAAAGUAGCUAACAAUGUGCCCGUUAGCGAAGAAGAGGAUCCCGAGGAAGAAGAAAUGGUAGUUGAUCCUUUCUUUAUAACCGAUACUGGAGAAAAUUAUCUAUCUACUGCAGUAAUCAAGAGAAAUCAAAAUAAUGAAAAUGAUAAUGAAGAAAAAAGGGACCUGCAUAUGAUAAAACUUAAUAAUUAUGAUAAAAAAUCUACAGACUUUAAAGAUCGAAGGGAACAAAACCGCGACAGAAAUCAAAGAGAUUUUAACCAAAAUAGACCACAAAAUAAUAAUUGGAAUAAACGGGAGGAAGGCAGGGAGCACCAGAAUAAAUGGCAACAAAAUAGACAAACUAAUAAUGGAAGAGAUGGUAAAUUUUCACAAAACAAAUGGAAUGAUAGGAAAAAGACCGACUCCCGACAAGAUUUUAAACAUAAAGCGGCUAAUACUAAUGUAGAGGAAAAUCUACAUCCUUCUUGGGCAGCCAAACAAAAAUUAAAACCGGUUAUAACAGGAUUCCAAGGUAAAAAGAUAACAUUUGGAGAUGAAGACGACAAUGGUAAACAAACGCAACAGCAAACUUUUAAUAAAACACAAACCCCUAAAAGCGUUAAAUCUGAUCAGGAUCUGCAUCCCUCCUGGGCUGCUAAGCAAAAACUCAAACCAGCCAUAACUGUCUUCCAGGGCAAAAAAAUCACUUUUGAUAAUGAUGAAUAAAAGAUAAUUGUGAUUUUUUUUUUUCAAACAAAAAACUACGUUUUUUUAUUUAAAAUAAA